GUGGUGCUGCACCAACAAGCAACCAAGUUGCACUGAUCAGAACCUCACAUCGUCUCGGACUAAGAUGCAGCCAAACGUGCUGCCUGAGCUCCGACGAUAAGCCAGAGACGCACCAGGAGAAAGAGGACCAGAAGCGGUCACCAGGUGGUGGUUUGUGGGCACUCGGCAACGUUACGCACCGUCAAGAUGCUGUUACCGUCCGGCGCCCUGUUCCUGCUGGCGGCUUUCUGCUGCAGCGUAGACCUGACACAGGCUGAGGGUUGUGGGACAUCAUGUGGGAAAUGUGACUGCAGCGGCGUGAAAGGAGCAAAGGGUGAGCGGGGUUUUCCUGGUCUUCAAGGCAAUAUGGGAUUUCCUGGGAUGCAGGGCCCUGAGGGGCCUCCAGGAGCAAUGGGUCCCGCGGGAGGUCUUGGUGAACCAGGGGCUUCUGGAAUGAAAGGAGUGAGGGGUCCUCCUGGUCUGCACGGUUUCCCAGGAAACCCAGGACUACCAGGCAUCAAUGGAAACGAUGGCCCACCAGGUUCACCAGGUAUCCCAGGAUGCAAUGGGACUAAAGGAGGAAGAGGACUGGAUGGCACCUCUGGUUUUCCUGGUCUUCAAGGACCUCCGGGCAUCCCAGGAUUUCCUGGAAUGAAGGGUGAUGCUGGUGGUGUGAUCGGGAUUGUUCCCCUGAAAGGAGACAGAGGAUUCCCUGGCACACCUGGAUUACCUGGAUCGAUCGGACCUUCUGGACCCACUGGACCUCCAGGAACUCGUGGCUACCAAGGACCCAAAGGAGAUAUAGGCGCCCCAGGCCCUUCUGGAGAGAAGGGUGACAAGCUGGCUUUUGUGAGUGAAAAAGGAGAAAAGGGUGAUCAAGGAUUUCGGGGCCCCCCCGGUCCCCCAGGACCUCCAUCACAGGAAGUGGGAGGACAAACCACAGUCUACGUACCUGGACAUGCGGGAGAUCGAGGACCUCAAGGAGAUAAAGGAGAGAAAGGCAUCUGUGUCCCUCAUCUCAGUGGUUUUAAAGGUGAACCUGGACCACCUGGACCCAGAGGUAAACCUGGCAAAGAUGGAGAAUAUGGGUUGAAGGGAGAAAAAGGAUUUCCAGGAGGUCCCGGAUACACUGGUUCCCAGGGUGAAAAAGGAGAACGAGGACCACCAGGUUUUGGUAACGGUGCCCCUGGCCCUCCUGGUCCGCAUGGUCUUCCUGGGUUACAAGGAGAAAAAGGCUUCCCUGGCCCUCAGGGAGAAGCAGGUCAACCAGGCCGAAACAUCGAAGGGCCUCGAGGAGAGAGGGGUCAGAAGGGAGACGUGGGAGAGAAAGGAGAGAAGGGUAGAGAAGGAGAGUCUCUGGUCGGUCCUCCAGGACAACCAGGUCUCUCUGGCCCCCCUGGACCCCCCGGACUCCCAAAUAAUUCGAGUAGAUGUGACAUCCCGAGAGGUGCUCCUGGCCCAGCUGGACCUCUAGGGUUACAAGGGGAAGUUGGACAAAAAGGUGACCGAGGAGAUACCUGUGUUCAGUGUGAGGCUAUCGGCCCACCUGGAUUACCUGGUCCCCAGGGGCCUAAGGGAGGGCAUGGACCACCCGGUCCAGUUGGAAGCAAAGGAGAAAAGGGUCAGUCAGGCACUCCCGGACAACAUGGACGAUCUGGUACUAUAGGUUAUCCUGGGUUGCGAGGAGAUCCUGGUGCUGUUGGUGAGCCUGGCGACAUUUCCUUAGCUCCUGGUCUGAAGGGAGAAAAGGGUCUUCCUGGUUUUGCUGGUUCACAGGGGAAGCCAGGAGAAAACGGACACUCAGGGAUAGACGGCCUCCCCGGUGUACCUGGCCUCAAAGGAGAACCUGCGAAAGAGGGCCUUAAGGGUGAGCGAGGAUUUGAUGGGGACCCUGGUCGUAUUGGAACCCCAGGAGAAAGAGGUCCUCCUGGUCUUCCAGGCAUCGGGCAACCAGGAGAGCCUGGAGAGAAAGGCAGUUCAGGGAGACCAGGAAUUCCUGGAGCUCCUGGAGCACUAGGUGCAAAAGGGGAGCCAGGUGUUGGUGUGAGCUCUCCAGGACUUCAGGGAGUAACUGGACCACGAGGAGAAACUGGCAUACCUGGAGGUCAAGGCGACAGAGGUUUGACGGGAGAUGCAGGGUUGCCAGGUUUCCCUGGGCCGAAAGGUGAACAAGGACCCUAUGGAAUCGGUUUUCCAGGGCCAUCAGGUCCAAAAGGAAUCAGUGGAGUUCCAGGAGAUUCAGGAUCACCAGGAGAGCCAGGAAGAACAGGACAGGAUGGUUUCAGUGGACAACCUGGUUCACCUGGACAAAAAGGUGAACCAGGGCGGGGUCUUCCUGGUCCAAAAGGUCUGCAGGGCCUUCCGGGAGUUUCUGGUUUCCCGGGAGAGAAGGGUAGCAUUGGACUACAUGGUAUUCCUGGGCAAGAAGGACAGACGGGACCUCCUGGACCUCAGGGAAUCACAGGUGACGCGGGACCCCCCGGAUCUUCUGGACUCGUUGGCUUACCAGGUGAACCAGGAAAAGGCUCACCUGGAGCGCCUGGAACACAGGGACAACCUGGAGUGCCCGGACCACACGGUGGCGUAGGUGUAAAGGGAGAUAAAGGCUACCCUGGACCUCCUGGUCUGGACAUGCCGGGACUUCAGGGAGAGAAGGGAGCCUCCGGAUUCCCAGGACCCUCGGGCUCCAAAGGACUGCCGGGGCGAACAGGAUUACCAGGCAGGGACGGGCUGAUAGGAAACCAAGGUCUUAAGGGUGAAAUGGGGGUCAUUGGGACACCUGGAAUACAAGGAUUUCCCGGAAAAGCUGGUACACCUGGUUCUCCUGGUCUGAGAGGUGAUCCUGGUAUCACUGGACCAAGAGGUGGUAUUGGACAGUCUGGACCUAAAGGAGAAAGGGGAGAGCCAGGUCUUCAGGGACCUCCGGGGAACAUGACCGAAGUUGAAAUGGAGCACAUGAAGGGAGAGAAGGGAGACCUCGGAGACUUUGGUAACCCUGGUGUCACCGGAGACAAGGGCCACCGUGGCAUGCCUGGAGACCCUGGUAUGCCAGGCAAAGAUGGAGAGGCUGGAUUACCUGGACAACCAGGUGACAAAGGAGACCCUGGAUUUCCUGGCGAGCCUGGCAGUAUGGGACAACCUGGACAGAAGGGCACUGUAGGAGAGAUGGGAAUACCAGGUGUGUCGGGUCCUAAAGGUUCUAAAGGAGACUUUGGCACGACUGGACAUCCUGGAUUCAGAGGCACUGAUGGACAGAAAGGAGACAGAGGAGCAGACGGUGAUCCAGGUAUUGGGCUCCCCGGACCUCCAGGAGAAAAGGGUCUCUCAGGUCAUCCAGGAUUUCCAGGAUCACCAGGAGAAAAGGGUCAGCAGGGUCAUGAGGGUAUGCCCGGCAAACCAGGACUGCAAGGCUCGAAAGGAGAUAAUGGAAGCAUCGGUUACCCAGGUCAGCAAGGUAGACCAGGCGAGAAGGGUACCCCUGGGCUCCCUGGGUCAGCAGGAGAGCACGGUCGUGAAGGCCGUCCUGGUGAAGGCGGCUUGCAGGGACCCCCCGGUGCUCCUGGAGAGAAGGGAGAGCAUGGAGUGGAUGGCAUCCCAGGAUCCUCAGGGGAGAGAGGAGAGCCAGGUUUCCCUGGCCGAGGUUUCCCUGGGCCAUCUGGAGAAUUUGGUGGCAAAGGUGACAAAGGUGGUCCUGGCUUCCCUGGUACUCCAGGUCACCCUGGAGUCCCUGGUAUCAAAGGUGAUAAGGGACUUUCAGGAUCACAGGGACCACAUGGUGAGACAGGAGAGACGGGACUCCCAGGUAUCUCUCUCGAGGGCCCCAAGGGAGUUAGGGGAGAGCCAGGACAACCUGGAGAAGCAGGAUCCCCAGGAGCACCGGGACCUGGUGGUUUGCCAGGCAGAGAUGGACCAAAGGGAGAUAGAGGAAAUCAGGGUUCCUCUGGUUACCAGGGAGAGACAGGAACGAAGGGUGACCCCGGACUUACUGGAAAUCCUGGACAACCUGGACUCCCAGGUAUCGAUGGACAGAAAGGAGAGAUGGGACUACAUGGUGUCCCAGGGUUCCCAGGUGUAAAGGGGAACUUCGGGGAACUUGGAUUCAAAGGAGAGUUUGGAGACAGAGGAUUCACUGGAGAAAAAGGUAGUGAAGGCCCCCCUGGUCCCCCUGGGCCCCACACCUUCGUCAAAGGAGACAUUGGCUUCCCAGGUAUUCAAGGUCACCCAGGACCACAGGGGCCAUCUGGGUUCCCUGGACAGAAAGGACUGCAAGGUAUGACAGGCAUUGCUGGACCGAAAGGUGAAGACGGCCUUCCUGGAUACAAUGGUCAGAAUGGAGCCAAAGGAGAGAUUGGUCUGUCAGGGCCACAAGGACCCAGGGGAUAUCCGGGCCCCCCAGGACCCGACGGUGUUCCAGGUCAAGUGGGUCAUCCUGGCCCCUCCUCCAUGGAGCAUGGGUUUCUGGUAACCCGUCACAGCCAAACGGUGGAGGUGCCAUAUUGUCCUGAGGGAACAUCGCUCAUAUAUGAGGGCUACUCCUUGCUCUACGUACAAGGCAAUGAGCGGUCUCAUGGACAGGACUUAGGUACGGCAGGCAGCUGUUUAAGAAAGUUCAGCCCCAUGCCCUUCCUGUUCUGUAACAUCAACAAUGUGUGCAACUUUGCCUCACGUAACGACUACUCCUACUGGCUCACCUCCCCCGAGCCCAUGCCCAUGAGCAUGGCUCCUAUCACGGGUGAAGGCAUCAAACCCUUCAUCAGCAGGUGUUCUGUGUGUGAGGCUCCAGCCAUGGUGAUAGCAGUUCACAGUCAAUCCAUCAUGAUCCCCCAGUGCCCUCUGGGCUGGGACUCUCUGUGGAUUGGCUACUCCUUUGUCAUGCACACCAGCGCCGGUGCUGAGGGUUCUGGUCAGGCUCUGGCCUCUCCAGGCUCCUGUCUGGAGGAGUUCCGCAGUGCUCCGUUCAUCGAGUGUCACGGUCGCGGAACCUGCAACUACUACGCCAACUCCUACAGCUUCUGGCUCGCCACCAUCGAAGACAAUGAGAUGUUUACGAAACCCGUCCCGACGACGCUAAAAGCAGGCAGCCUCAGAACACACAUCAGCCGCUGUCAGGUGUGCAUGAAGAGGACAUAAGCCCCCCCCCAGGCCCGAGUCCUCCAUCCUGACGUGCGAGUGACACAGUGUACACCGAUGUUCCUCAACUUCCUGUUUUGAAAGGAUGGUGCUACUUCCCUGCGUGUGUGAGACGAGAGAGGGACGGAGACGUGGUUUGCAGAAAUCCAGAGAUCAAACUUUUACAAACCAGAACACAGAGACCUGAGCGGCCUUUUGCUCCAUGCAGAAAAAACUAACAUGAUCACAAUGCUUCUUUAAAGAAUGGCGCCCAGUUUACCACUGCACUGAGUACAUGCCCACUAAACUGGUAAAUGAGUGUUCAUUUGGAAAGGGUUGUUAGUGUAAGUCAGGUGCUAUUGAAUCGUACUUAUCUGCCUUAUUCCAGUUUGUUCCUCUUAAAGUUUCCUUCACUACAAGUGCCACAGCGUUAAAAGAUAUAGCUGCAUUCAUAUUAUAGAUUUUCACACCUUAUAACUAAUGUAAUGUAAAGGAUGGGACUCACCACUGGUUACUGAAGCUCUAAAUCACAACGUGUUGCCCCCACAGACAAUCACAAUCUGUUGUAAAUAUGAUGCAUUCCUCUCUAACAUUCAACAUACUCUCCUCAGGUUAUUAUUGAAUUCCUUUGUGUGCUAUUAGCUCCAUUUUUAUUUAUAAGAUUUAUGAGAAUAUAUCUGAGUGUAUCUGAGAGUAUCUGAGAUUUCAUUGAUCCGAAAAACCGUGCUUCUGACAUCCGACAACCGACGCCUUACUAACUUACAAAACAGCACUGAAAUAGCAUUAGCAGGUGUGUGUGUGUACGUACAUGUAUAGGCAUGAGUGUCUUUGAGCUGCUUGCAAGUGAAGCGUGUGUUUGCAUACACAGCUAAUUGUUUCAAAAGCAAUGAAAUAGACCAAAAAAAUUGAAAAUUGCCUUUUCUCUGUCAGAACAUUGUAUGUAACAGCUGUGUGUUUAAGAAUCUACUCCUCCCACAUUAAAUGAACCAAAUCUUUAUGAUCUCCGAUCCCAAAGAAAUGCACAUGUAUAUAUAUAUACACAGUAUACUUACACAUAACACGCUAUUCUGCUCAUGUACUUGACUGUUCCCGUCUGUGAAUGACUGUUUCUAUCCCUGUUGAAUUUUACGCAGGAAUUAUUUUUGAUGAGUAGGAAAGGGUUUUCAUGUCACGGCUGCACAUUCAAGUCAAAGUCGUACAGAUGAGGAGGAUUGUAUUUAUAAGUGUCUCUGCAGGCUGCCGUGUUUUAAAAAGGUCUUAACAUAGGUUUGUGUUUUGUCGACAGUGUCAUGCGAGAACUUAGUUUCUGUGUCCCCCUUUCAGAGCAACGGACAAGAUGCAACGUUUUCUACUGGUGAAGUAAUUACCCUACGCUGACCAUAACCUGUCUAUAUUUGUUGUGCUUGUUUAUGAUAAAAGGCUCCAUGAAGUACUGAUCACAGUAUCAGCAUGUUUGGCCGUCAUAGAACAAACAGUGGGGAUGAUCUUCAUAUAAAACACAACCAAACACACAUCAUCAACUUUUUAUAUUUUCCGGAUCUCAUACUGUGUAAUUCCUGCAAUAAAGUGAUUUGUAGAAUAA